CCACGUCUUCAACUGCAUAUAAAACCAAAGCAGCUAAGCAGAGAUGGAAAUGUCAAGCAAUUGAAACAGCUCACUGCGGGUGAAUUUUUUUUCUGUAAAAUGAAUUCCCCAAGUGUCAAAUACAUUUCAGAAUGCUUUGUCCAGCCACACCAUGCCUCAGAGGAAACAAAGCAGCCCUUCUACUUGACCCCCGGUGAUCUGGCCAUGCUCUCAGUGCACUACAUUCAAAAGGGCCUUCUCUUUUCCAAACCACCAGAAGCAAAACUGGAACAGGAGGAUUUCACCAAUUCUCUGUUGGAAAGGCUCAAACACUCUCUUUCCAUUGCACUUGUUCAUUUCUACCCAUUGGCAGGUCGCUUUGUGACUGAGAAGAACGAAGACCCGCCUUUGUAUUUGGUAUAUGUAGAUUGCAACAACAGCCCUGGAGCCAAAUUCAUAUAUGCAACUCUGGACAUGUCAAUUUCUGACAUUCUUUCACCAACUGACGUGCCUUCGGUGGUUCAAUCGUUUUUUGAUCAUGACAGGGCGGUCAACCAUGAUGGGCACACCAUGUCCUUGCUAACCAUUCAGGUCACAGAGCUGGUAGAUGGCAUUUUUAUAGGGCUUUCCAUGAAUCACUGUCUUGGUGAUGGAACCUCUUACUGGCGUUUCUUCAACAUUUGGUCUGAGAUCUUUCAAGCACAAGCACAAGGAGAUCAUAAUAAUUUUGUACCCAAUAUCUCAAGACCACCAGUCCUCAAGCGCUGGUUUCCAGAUGGUCAUGGCCCAAUUAUCAAUCUCCCUUUCAAACACUCGGAUGAGUUCAUUGGCAGAUAUGAAGCUCCCAAACUCAGGGAGAGAAUGUUUCACUUCUCCUCGGAAUCCAUAGCCAAACUCAAAGCAAAGGCCAAUGCAGAGUCCAAUACCACCAAAAUCUCUUCCUUCAAGUCCUUGUCUGCCCUGAUGUGGAGGUCUAUUACUCGUGCGCGUGGUUUACCCCGAGAUCAAGGAACCAGCUGCAGGUUGGCUGCGAAUAACAGAGGAAGAUUAGAGCCACCAUUGUCUGGAGAUUAUUUUGGGAACUCAAUUCACCCGAUUAGAUCAGAAAUUGUCCCAGCUGGUGAGUUGCUUGAACACGGGCUUGGAUGGGCAGCGUGGAAGUUGCACGAAGCUGUAGUUAACCACAAUGACAAGUUGAUAAGGGAACAUGUUGAUGGCUGGCUGAAGUCUCCAGCUGUGUACCAAGUGAGUUUCUUUGAUCCACUCAGUGUGAUGAUGGGGAGUUCCCCAAGGUUCAACAUGUAUGGAAAUCAGUUUGGAAUGGGAAAAGCACUAGCGCUUAGAAGUGGUUAUGCACAUAAGUUUAGCGGCAAAGUGUCAUCGUACGAAGGCCGCGAAGAAGGAAGCAUAGACUUGGAGGUGUGUCUUCCACCUGAUGCAAUGAGUGCUCUUGAAUGUGACAGCGAGUUCAUGGAAGCUGCCUCUGUACCCCGUUAUUAGUGACAAGUGAUUAUAUGAAUAAGGAUCACGCAAUUUGCACAAUGUUUAAGUAGAGUUAAGAAUGAUAGAAAGGUGUGUGGAAGGAAGAGAGAAAAAAUGAAACAGAAAAAGAAUAUUCCAUUAAUAAGCACUUAUUUCAAAAGA